CUAAAAUUACUCUAAACUGAAUUCUUUGAAUAUUAGUAGCCAUGGCUCCUCAAAAAGACUUGGAUAAGACGCCAUACAAGGGCAGCGGACGAUGCUUCGGCGAGUACACGUGCCCCCAGUGUCGCAGGACUUGGAUGUCUGCCAACUCCUGGGCUGGCUACGGCCAGGAGUGCACCUCGUGCCGCAUCAACGUGUAUCCUCAUAAGCAGAGACCACUUCAAAAGCCCGACGGCUUGGACAAGGGUGAUAUGGAGAAAGAACAUCUGCAGUCACACUGCCAGAAGUGUAAGGCGCUAGGCCGCUGCUGUCGCGGCUAUAGGCGCUUCUAAGGAUCAAUCACAAC